GAUAUGUACGCGUGCGCUCAACUCCUUACAUUACGUUUAUAUAUGAUAGUCGACCAAUCAGAACCCGUCGCCUCGACACACUCAUCACAUGAUACACUGUUAGCGGAAUUUAUAAAACAAGAUUUGGAGAUGCCUGAGUAG